GAAAUGGCUAAGUAUCUAAUAAAGCGCGCCGCUCGUCAGGCGUUGUUUUCCAGCACUCCUCACCACAAACGAUCUGUACCGAUCGCUCGCCCUCUCGCCGACACCUAAUUCACCACCCACGAGUUUCACUCCUUCCCAGCUUGCAGGGAAACGCCACGCUGCACUGAACCUCUUCCCGCCGUCAGGUACAGCAUAGCCAUCGCAGCCUUGUGCAGCCAUCAGUACCACACGACCUGCCAACGGCCGAUUGGAAUUUUUCGAUAUAUCUAGCACCUAGUCCGCUGGCCGGACCGAAUUAUAAUCUUUGCACGCUUCGUCGUCCCGGUUUUUGCCCGAAACCAAAAAGUACCCUACACCGCUGGAUCCUGGCCCACCUAGAUCUCUUCCCAUCUGCCUAAUAAUCUUGGUCUUCGAGCUCUUGCCAGGCUGCAACUGGAUCCUAAUCACCAUUGUCGCCAACGAGCUUACGAGCUCUUCAUUGUCUGGUCGACCGCAUCGUGUGAAUUGCCCAUUGUGAUAGGCAGCCAUCACUCGACCUCACGAUACCUAUUGUUACUAUCUACAAUAGGCAGAAGCCCACUCCCCUCGACGAUAUAGCAUCGUCAGUUCUUGGAUCAAUCGCCACUGGCACCAUCAACAACACCGGAAAUUUGGAUCCAGCAACGGCAUACCAAGCAACGCAACGAUCAUGGCAUACUCACCCGCAACACCCGAGCAGAAUGCUGCUGCGAUGCAACAUUUCAUCUACCUACCUGUGUCGCAAGAUAUGAUCAGCUAUCUUGCCAUCAAGGCUGCACAAGUCAUUCGAUGCGAAGGCAGCCAGCCAGUCUCGACAAACAACAAGGCUCUUCCACCCACACCUCCAACCACUCCUCCACAACAACAGCAAAACGCCGCCUACUUCGAGCCAGCUCUUCCGUCAUUGGAACUGUUUAUCACGGCCCUCGUGGAGAGGUCACAUGUCCAAGUUCCGACGCUAAUGACGUCCCUGGUCUAUCUUGGCAGACUACAACAGCGUCUGCCUCCGGUCGCCAAGGGUAUGCGAUGUACCGCGCACCGCAUCUUCCUCGCCGCUCUUAUCCUUGCCGCGAAGAACCUCAACGACUCGUCGCCGAAGAACAAGCACUGGGCUCGUUAUACGGCCGUACGAGGCUUCGACAACUUCGGCUUCAGCCUAACAGAAGUCAAUCUCAUGGAGAAGCAGCUUCUGGGCUUGCUCGAAUGGGAUCUGAGGGUCACUGAGGACGACCUUUACUACCAUCUCGAGCCUUUCCUUGCUCCAAUCCGAUCGUAUCAGAUUCGCCAGGCAGAGAAGCAGCGCCAGCGUGAGGAACUGGCCGCAUACGAGCAGCGCCAGCUCAUCUUUGCAGCCCAACAACAAAGUCGGGCAGCAAUGGAAGCUUCCCGCUACUACGAAUCUCCUAGGUCGAUGGGCCAGUACACACAUCAGCAAACGAUGUACUAUCCUGGCUCAUCGAACUCCUCAUCUCGACUACCAUCGAGAACGCCUUCGCUGUCUCCACCAACUCGAAGCCACUCUGCUGCCUCAUCCGUAUCUGCUGACUCUUACGCUUGCUCAUCGUCCCCCGCAAGCCUCAUGUCUUCGUACAAUGAGCCCAGCACAGAGCUUCAGUAUAAGCAAGCGCGACCGAUCAUCAGCCACAGCUUGCCACUCGAGCACACCGACAUACCAGCAAAGAAACAAAAAGCCAACAUCUUCUCGCGGUUUCUCCCGUCUACCCUGACACGCCCAGCCAUCACUGGCUACUAGUCUGAACCCCGACUUUAUUUCAAACACUCUUUAUUAUGUUUCUCAAGCCAACACCACGAGGCAGGACCGGGCGAGAUUGGUGGCAUUAUCGGAGCUUAACAGACGAUAACGGACGGCAUCAGAGAAGCGAAGCAAAGCGAGCUUAACGCAUGGUUUCACGAAUUGAUGACAACAAACUGCAUGGCAAGGGAGCUGGGGAACACGAGCUGGCUCGUUCAAAUGAGCGCUUUCUUGGUUUAAUCAGCAUUAUACCACUUUGAAUGCAUUGCAAAUGGCGCGAGGGAAGAGGCAUGGAGACGGGGAACACCAAAAAUUUCGCCGUCGAUCUGGACUGGCACGAUGGAAGGAAGUCUUUACUGUGCGUUUGCUGUAAAGAUAUUAGAGAUGAGGACGGACCUACUACUGUCUGCAUUGGAUUGUCACGCUCGCUUGGAUAUGAGAGUGAUCAAAGCAGGCGGUUGAUUAGGCAGAAUAGAAUUG